GUCUUUAUUGAAAUUUCAACUAUUACAAGUUGACAUGCAAACAUAUGUUCAUACACAUACAGUACUUCAGAAUAUACAUGUCAGCAAAUAUAUAUGCACAUUACAGAAAAAUAAAAUGAAACAAAAAGAAUAUAAAAUUACUGUAACACAAACUUCGGUGAAGAGAGGGAUCCAUUUAAAAGAAAAAGACAUAGUGACCCAUCAUAAGUCAAUUGUUAUUAAUUUCUCAUGUCUAGAAAUUGCACUUUCACACAUACAUGAAUAUACAGAGAGUUGUUGUACUGGGUCUUGCCUCACCACAACGACUCAAUGUUUCAGUGUAUAUCAUAGGUUGACCCUGAUAUCUCUAUAGCUCAGCCAGGGUGACCAAAUAUUCAGAAACAAUGUUUGUUUAUCCUUAAUCAUAUAGGAUAACUUCUCCAUUACCAUAACAUUGUCUACUUUAUGUUUUACCAUAUUAAAAUCUAAAGAAGAGGUGCGCCAUGACCGAGCUAUAACUUGUUUAGUGGCACUAAAUAUCGUCGUUAUAAGCUUCAUUUGUGAGUUAGUGAAGUUAUCUAUUGGCUUAUUGAACAGCGCUUAAUAUGGAUUCUUUCUCAGGGGGAUAUGAAAAACAUUAUCUAUCAAGGCAUAGAUUCGGGACUACAAGCGUUUUACUAUGGGACACCCCCACCAAAUAUGACCCAUCGUACCCAGUUGAUUACAUGCUCUAAAGCAAUUUGGUGAUUGACCUGGGAACCAUUUAGCGAGCUUGACAGGCACCAUAUACCAUCUCAAUAAAACUUUGAAGGAAGUUUCCUGUAUAGAUGCAAUAAAAAUUAAAUUUAACUUUGCGCAGAUGCAACCAGUGGAUUCGCAAAACAAAAAUGGGGAUUCUGCCCCAAAAGAAGUGUGUGUGCCCUGGCCAAGAACACAUCACCUGGGUAAGUGUGUAAAGCUCACAACAACAACAGCAGCAAAAUAAGAAGAAGGCUGAGCACUUCCGCUGGGAGUCAGACACUCCCCUUACUACACCUGUUAGACUGGGAGGAUCAGGAGGGAGGGGGAUACUCAAUAGAAAAUCCUGCUGGAGCUGAAAGGAAGGAUUUAUUUCUGUACCAAGAGCAGUAAUUACCGGCAGUGCCCGGCGGAAAGGGGAAUCUGCCAACAUGAGUGUGUCUGGGAAACAGCUGAGCAACAGUCCUCAGGGUCUGUCUCCAAUUGUGCAGUUGAAUAUUGGUGGAGAGAUCUACACAACAACACUAAGCACUUUGAAGAGAUGUUCAGGAUCCAAGCUCUUUGACUUGUUCAAUGGGCAGCCAAAACUUCGCACUGACUCUGAGGGCAGGUUUUUCAUUGACAGAGAUGGGAAAUACUUCAGAUACAUCCUGGAAUACCUAAGGACCAACCAAGUUCCCACUGAGUUUGUCAAGGAGGUGUACAAAGAGGCUCUGUUUUAUGACAUUGAGCCACUGGUGAAAAUAUUGGAAGAAUCUCCAGUGAUAUUUGGAGAGAUUGUUGGAAAGAAGCAGUUCUUGGCCCGUGUGCCCAACUACAGCGAGAACAUUGAGGUGAUAAUCCGUAUUGCCAGGGCUGAAGUGGUGGCAUCUCGGUACUCCAAUGUCAUAGUUUGUGUUGCAAGGACGGAGGAUGAUGUAGGCAAGUGCCAUGAUGCUUUCAACUCAUUGCAUAUGGACAAGGAAUCCGUAGUAAAAUUUGGGCCCUGGAAAGCCUCACCGGGGAUCUCUGAUCUGUUGGACUGUAUCAAAGCAGACAUUGAGCAGAAGGGAUACAAUGUCACAUACAUGACUUACGUAGCAGACAAAGGAUUCCUUAGCAAAUCCUAUGACUAUUUCUACAAAUUUGUUUUCACAUGGUGGUAACAACCAUACGGGCAAAUCUACAGAUCUGGCUCAGACUGAGUUCUUUUAGAGCAAAAAACUAACUUAAUUCAAACUUUGUGCUCCAUUUUAAUUCAAAUGAAGAUAUCCAUUUAUAUAUAUAAAUCAUGAAGCAAAGGCAAUGAAAGAAAUGAAGAAAAGAAAAUCAUGGGGGGGGAAUAAUUGAAGGUGUCACAAAGUUAAUCGUAAUAAAUGUCAAAGAUCUGUC